GCGAAGAUGAACAGCUUUAAAAUAAGUGAAGAUAUGAACUUUCAAAAGAACCUUCAAAAACAAGCAAAUUUACUCACAGAAAUUGAGAAGAGAUUGAAAUAAUGUUGAAGUCCAGCAUGCAGAGCUAGUAUAUUCUGCUGAUAUGCAAUAUCUAGUAUCUCUUAACACUGGCCCGUCUGCUUCAGCUUUAACUCCGACCUCUGAGGCAACCUUGAUGAUUAAUAAGGACAUUGUGACACCUCCCAUGGUUAAGAUGGGAAUGGAGACUAUUUCUAAGGAAUUUGAGUCCAAAAUUGACGACCAAAUUCAGAAGCUUAACUUAUCCUUAGAAGAGAAAUUCGUAAAAUGCAAAAGUAUUACUUCAAUGGAGUUUAAUUAUGACGCUCAGAUUUCGAGUGUUUUGAAACAAAUCAACGAACUCAAAUUUAGAACAAGAGACCAGAUAGAUGAAGUUAAAAGAAAUUUCCACACUGAGUUACUUACAAAGGCCAGUGUCCUUUCGAUCAAGGAGGUGGUAGAUAAGUCAGUCGAUAAGUCUGAAUUAGUUGAUAUUCAUGAUAAAAUAAAACUUAUCAAUGACAAAAUCCUCCAGUUGGAAGAUCAUCUCAAAUCAGAGCCUGAUUCAGAAGAAAAAGACUCAGAUACCUCUGAGGAAGAAUAUAAUGAAGAAUUUGAGCAAGACCAGGUUGAGAUUGAGGAAUCGAAGCAAGGUGAAGCUGCUACUCCCUUAGUUGAAGAGAAAUUUUUGCCAAAACUUGACACAAAUCCUUCACCAAAUGUAGUCAAGAAUACUUCUCUAAAGGUGAGUCCUGCUUCCCACUCAAAAUAAGGACGUCAAGACUAGUGCUAAAAAGCCGAAGGUAAGAAUGUUGAAUGCUGAUCUUGAGAAUACUAAACUGAGAAGGAGUAUUGAGGAACAGAUGGAAUUGCCAAAUUAUGAAUCUGAGAAGAAGCUUGAAACUAUUCCUCAAAGUGAUAUUGAUCAUGAAAAUUUCAACCAAUUAGCCUCAGCAAAAAGAAGUCCAAAAGAGGAGAGUCCACAGAUAAUCCAAAGACCAGGAUUUCAGUCUAAAGGAAGCAUGAAGUUCAGGAACACUAAUAAUGAGAAUUUAGUACAGAAUUUUAACAAAUCCUGUGAACAAACAGCCCAAAAGAAGCAUAAGAAGCCUGAAUAUUUUGAAAAAGAGAAUCCAAAAUUUGCUAUUUCUGAGUCCUCAGUUUAUAAUGGGGAGACUGCCAACUCCAAAGAAAUAUCUGUCAUAAAGCAGUCCAAGGAGUCAUUUAAUUUCGGAAUGCCAAAGAUGAAAAUUAAUAGGAGAAUGGUAUCUAAGCUUUCAAUAGAAACUCCUUUCACAACUCAUGAGUCAUCCACAGCCACUCUUAUCAACAAACUUAUGAUGAAAUCGCAGAAAAGUAAGGGCAAGAAGAUCCGCAGGAGCGAAAUAGAAAGUAUUUUCAACCUUAUCCAGGAUGUUCUAGUCAACACUAGUAACAAUAGGAUGCGGAUCGACACACUUGAAGGAAACAUUGACUUAAAAAUAGAAAAUUCUAUUAAGAAGCUAAGGAAGGAAACAAUGAGUGCUAUGGCAGACAUUGAAAGACAGACAAAGGAAGAUCAUCAGAAGCUUAACCUCCGACUAGAUGAGUUCCAAAGACUUAACUUUCGGUUGAAUAAGACUAUCCUUGAGAAGCCUUACAAGUAUGCAGAUGAGAUGAAGGAAUCAAUGAUAAAAUCCCAAAAAGAGCAAGAAAAAGCUUUCAAUAGAAAAUAUGAUAUGCUUCUUUCUCGUAUAACUGCUAUGAAACGGUGGCAACAAGAAAUGGCCAAUUCUGGGUAUCAAAAUUCCUCACCAGUAUUUAACGAAGAAGUCCUAAAGGAAGAAAUCAAGAAGGAAUUUGAGAACUCUAAACUUGCUAUUCUUCAGGAAGAUCAUGAGAUUCUUAAGAGUGAUCUAGAGACCCAGUUUUCCUCAGUUACAACAAAACUUGCGAACAUCGAAAACAUUAUUGAUGAGUUCAAGGAAAAUAUUGAAUUACAAGUGUAUGAGUUCAAGAGUCAUACAAAAUACGAGGUUAAUAAUAAGCUUAAAGAGUUAGAGGCAUUGAACAGGGAACUCCAGCGACACCAGGAUUUAUACAGACAGAUCCUUGGAAGCCACUAUUUAGACACACAAAAAGCUGAGCAUAUGUCAGUUGUCAUUCCUAGGGUUGAGAUGACCAAGAGUUCAAGUAAAGGAUCUUUUCAUCAGAAGUUCAGGUCAAAUUCACUUUCUAGUGGAAAGAAGGGUAAAAUUCGAGAGUCAAAAAGGUAUAAUUCAAAUAUUGAAGAAAAAUCUCCUGAUGGAGAGGAAAUUGGAACUACAUUCAGAGUUGAGCUCAAGAAGCUCAACAAGAGUGUAUUGCCUAAUAUACAAAAGAGCAGAAAAUCAAUCCCUUUAUUGUCAAAAUCUUCAUCCCGCUUGAAUCUAUCAGGGAUAAGCCCCAAGCUUGACAAAGAGAUUGAGGAUACUUUGAAGAAAAUCAAAGAUCCUGAUUCUAAGAGGUAUAAAGUCCUUAAGAAAUUUCUAAAAAAUGAGAUAGAGCCAGUGCAUAGUAGAGGACAAAGUGUAACUCCAAUGAAGAUGUAUCUCAACAGUAAGGUUCAUGUUAACCUGAGUAAUUUGGCAUAAUUUCACAAUAUUCUCCCAAAGAAAC